AAAAAACCAAAAAAAAUACGCCAGCCGCAACGCACCUAAACGAAAUCAGAUGGCUGAUAAACCAUCAAGCAGCAUGGGGGUGGUCGACGACGUUCUCGACAAGACAACUCCUUCACCAUCUCUGCAUUUGAGCAAGCUGGCCUCAAGUACAACCUGCGCGACGUCGACUACUGCCACGUCGCCUGCAUUGACUCCCCCUGCAACCGCCGCGACCGCCGACUCGUGUAACGACGGGAUCUCGUUGCCCAAGGAUCUCGACGACGGAUUCUCUACAGAAGCGAGCAACUCGUCCGACGAACGAGAACCAGACUACGAAGACCACCUCAUCAAACCCAUGCCUGUCCUUGCCGUGUGUCCCGUGGAUGUCAUGCCUUCCCUUGACACGUCACCGAUUCAACCGUUUGCAUCGGCAAAUAUGGUGCCGUUGCCAAUGCACAUGAGCUCUCCCCCGCUACAACCCAAUGUGCUCAAACGUGAUCCCCUUGCCCUUCGCCAUCAGUAUUGGAAUCAACUCGGCAUUAACUUGUCCGUGCGGGAUUUGGAGCGGUCCACCGGGCGACGACGCGUCAAGAAGGAAGGCAUCAAGGUAAAACUCAACGACACCAAAGGCAAGCCGAAGCCCACCAACAUAUUUAAGGCGUUUUCGCGCUGGUACACAAACGAAAUCACAAAUGGCGGCAGCGACACUGCGUCAUCGCCGUCGCCGCCUGACAACCUCGGGUCGACUCCCCCGUCACCUCCCACGGCCGCAGCCGACGAUGCCAAGGACUCUGUGCCACACUGGCUUCUCCAAGGCCAAUUGACGCCCCCGAAGAUCAUGAAGGACGCAUCGCAGCCGUCCCGACCGUCGCAAGUCCCCAAGACGAUUCGGUUUGAAGACGAAGCGGACCUGUAUUACAUUCCCGUGCACAAAGAGUUUUCGAAGCGACAAAGGGACAGCAUGUGGUAUUCACGACAAGAGUUCAUUACGAUGGUCGAGCGCAAUUUGGACGAAAUGUACGAAGAGAUGGAGGCCGAGGUCGAGGCACAAGCAAAGUUGGAAGCAAUGGAAACCGACGCGAUGGCAGCAGAGGAAGCGAGGCAGCGCCAAGUCGACGCCGCUGUCAAGCAGCAGCAGCAGUCCGAGAUGCGGCUACAGCAGCAGCAAUACGCGUCGAUUCAACUGCGGCCGCAACAUACCACCGUCCGACUCGCACCUCGCGGACGAUCCCCGUCCGAAAUCCGAUUUAAGUAUUUGAAGCACUUGGGAAUUUAAUCACACCAUUGAAUAGUAUCGACAGCCUUAGUACUCA